UAUCAUAGAUUUAGGCUAUAUUUUUUUUUUUGGUGUCUCUGUAGUUCACCAUGCAGUCAUGAGGUUUCAUUUUAGAAAUUUACAAAAUUUAGUGAGACACUAUUCCAAGCAUAUUGUCUAUCGAACUGAAACAAACAAUCCAUAUCACAAUUUGGCAUUCGAAGAAUGGAUGUAUGAAAAUGUUGAUUUAUCUUCAACUUCCUGCCUGUUUAUUUGGAGGAGCUUGCCUUCAGUUGUAAUUGGGCGACAUCAAAAUCCUUGGGCAGAAUGCAAUGUUCGGUCACUUAUGGAGAAAGAUGUAUGUAUUGUGAGGAGACAAAGUGGAGGUGGAACAGUUUAUCAUGACUUGGGCAACAUAAACAUUACAUUUUUUACCGCACGCAGCUUAUAUGACAGAAGAGCCAAUCUGAAUAUUAUUGUUAGUGCAUUGAACAGGAAAUGGAAAAAUUUGGACUUGAGUGUUAAUUGUAGAGAUGACAUUAUAUUGGAUAAAAAAUAUAAGAUCUCUGGGUCUGCAGCUAAAUUGGGUCGGAAUAAUGCCUAUCAUCAUUGUACUUUGUUAUUUGACGCGAAUCUCAGCAACAUGGAAGAAUUUUUAAAAUCAUCCAUACCAGAUGUAAGCACCAAGGCCACUCGAAGUGUUCCCUCAGAAACUAAAAACUUGUCAAACUAUGUACCUGGAAUAUCUUAUGAAGACAUAUGUGAUGCUGUGACAUCGGAAUAUUUUACGUACAGCUCCGACUCUGACCAGAAUAUUGUUGCACAUGUUGACCCAACGAAUCAGGCCAUGUUUCCAAACUCUACAGUUAUUGUCUCAAAGCUUAAAAGUUGGGAGUGGGUAUUUGGCAAGUCUUCAAAAUUUACUACAAAAUGGUCAUAUGAUACCCCUGAAUUCGGUAAUAUGGUAGUCCAACUUUCAGUAUCCAAUGGAAUUAUAAAUGAUGUGCAAUGGAUGUUUAGGACAGACUUUCUCAAUGAAUUAAAUGAACUUGGUAGCAUGCUUAUUGGAAAAAAAUUUCGAUGUGAUGUCAUUAGCUUUACUUGGGUUGAGUUCAUGUUGCUAAAGAGACAUUCAUUAGACAGUAAAUUUAUUGGAAGUUUGGGGGAUCUUAUUUCAGAUGUAGUGAAAUAUAUAUAACUGUGUAAAGUUAAUUUUUUUUCACAGA